UCCCCUUCCUACCAUAUGAUCAGGUCAACUGGCCUUCAAAAGGCAGUGUUUCAGAGUCUGGACUCACACAUCCUCGUAAUCGGCACUGAAAUCAUCAUGGCAGAAGAGGGGAAUCCUGUUCAUGGUGGUGUUAUGUUGCUCCACACUGAACAUGAAGGGAAACACUCAUAUGAAGUGAAAGACUUUUUAAACUAUAACAAAGGAAUAUUUGCGAGCAAAGGAGAUAAACUUAUAAUGAUAAACAACAAAGAUAUGGAAGAUUUGACUCCGCAGGCAUUUGCUAAGCUCCUGGCUGAAGGAUCACUCUUACUUACCAUACACCAUUUGCCCAAAAUCAAAAUCGAAGAAUGUGAAUCUGAGGAAAUCAGUGUCCAUACAAAGGAGUCGACAGUCAUGAGAUUCAGCCUGAUGAUGGUAAGAGAGGAAGAUCUAGAAGCCACUGUAAUCGAACCAACGCCAGAUUGGGAAAGCCAAGACAUUGAGGACGACUCUUUCAUUGAUGACACACUUCUGCUUGUCUCCAUGGAUGACACAAGGUUCAGUAUGGUCAUUGCUCGGGGCGGUGACCCUGACAAUCCUUGCAACUGCUGUGGAGGGAUGAAUUGCCAAUUUAACGAAGUUGUUGUCCUGCCUGCGAGAGCUGAGAUUACCCAUAAUUCUUCAAGGAUUUUGAAACAGUUCAGAGAGAAACAUAAUGUGAUUUUGAAGAGUUUCCUCAUAGGAAAGUAUGUCACCCCACAAAAUCAGCAGAUGUGUUUAAGUGACACCAUGUCAGCAAAUAUCACCCUUUACUAUUACACUGCCACCAUCCCAGGCAUUAAAGGUGUUCCUGUUUUACUAAACUUCACUGACACAGAAAACUUCUUCUGCUGUACCACCAAGCAAGGUGAAGAUAAGAAGUUUUUAACAAUCGUGAGCCACAGUAAAAAUGACCUUAAAAGCAUCUGUCCCGAUGACCUAGACAAAUGGUCUCUAGUAUUCUACAUGACUAGUGGGAAGGACAAUCUUCGGAAUUUUGAAUCAGCUCUUUAUAAAGGAUGGUUUAUUUACUCACAAAGUGUAGAUGAAGUGAACAUGAAAAAAGACAAUGGUCAACGCGGUGACUUCUCAUUCAUAAUUCUGAGUGAUAAAAGGUCAUGUUAGAAUUCAAGGUCUUGAUAUGAUCGCUGGGACGCUGAGAACUAUUCUCAAAUUAACUUACAUUUCAAUAAACAUGUUUUGGAUGAGUUUAAGGUUAAGGUUGUCUUAACGGAUGCAGCCUCUUCCAAAGAAUGGUGUGUUUUACUGCCAUCGCAGUAGUAAGUAGAUAUGUAUCAUACUGUUAUACUGUCAUCUUUUUAUAUUCAACUAAUUUUAAACUGAUGUUUUUAAUCCAACACAUCUAAUUCAAAUUUACUUUUAUUUCUAACUGUCCGUAGUUCCUUUUUUACUAGUAACGUAAUGCAUGUAAUUCUUAUAUUUAUAUUAUCAACUGUUUUUUAGGCUACAUUUGUCUGUUUAAGCGGAAAGCUAACUUAGAACUGUUGCUUUUGCUGCAUAAAUGUAUAAUUUACCAUAAAAAUUUGAGUCAUGUCUUGUUUCUUCUAUAAAAUCGCAAUAAAAAGUUGUGAAUCAAGUGC